CGGAGAGGCGGAGGGGCGUGGCGGCGCUGCGGCGGGAAGCGCGGGCAGGGCCGGCGGCCGCAGUCCCCCGCCGGCCGCCAUGACGGGCCAGGAGCCGUGCGGUCCGUGCGGCGGCCUGCUCGACUACAAGACGGUGAAGUUCGCGCUGACGCGGAACCGGCGGGUCGGGCUGCUGCACCGCGUGCUCCAGCUCGGCGUGCUGGGCUACCUCUUUGGGUGGGUGCUGCUGGUGCAGAAGGGCUACCAGGACACCGACCCAGCCCCCCGCGCCGCCGUUGUCACCAAGCUGAAGGGGGCGGCGGUCGCCGAGUGGGGGGGCGCGGGCCGGCGGCUGUGGGACGCGGCGGACUACGUCCGGCCCCCUCAGGGAGAAAAUGUGCUUUUUCUGGUGACCAAUUUCAUCGCUACAGCAAGGCAAGGCCAGGGCACCUGUCCCGAGAGCCCCUCUGUUCUCGAUGCGAUGUGCACAGAAGAUGCAGACUGUCCCAUGGGAAACCCGGUGGUUCGUGGCAACGGGAUAAAAACUGGGAAAUGUCUGAUGUUCAACACCACCCAUUCCACCUGUGAGAUCUAUGGCUGGUGUCCUGUGGAGAACAGCACCCUGCCCAGGAAACCUCUUCUGGCUGAGGCGGAGAAUUUCACUCUUUUUAUAAAAAAUACUGUCCACUUCACCAAAUUCAACUUCUCCAAGUGCAAUACUUUGCAAACCAAUGACCCCACCUAUUUCAAGAGUUGCACGUACGAUCCAUUCUUCAACCCCUCCUGCCCCAUCUUCCGUGUCCGUGACAUGGUGGAGGCAGCUGGAGAGACCUUUGGGGACCUCGCACUGCUGGGGGGGAGCAUCGGAGUUCGCAUCGAGUGGAACUGUGACCUGGAUCACCCCGCUGCCCAGUGCCAGCCGCAGUACUCCUUCAGCCUGCAGGACAGGAGGUACAAUUUUAGAACUGCCUCCUACUACUGGGACUCCCAGCGGCGUCUCUACCGGAACCUGCUGAAGCUCUACGGCAUCCGCUUCGACAUCUCCGUGCACGGCCAGGCUGGGAAGUUUGGCAUAAUUCCUGUUGCCGUGAGCUUUGGCACCAGCAUCGCAUUCUUUGGUGCCGCCACAGUGGUCUGUGACCUGGUUCUGCUCUACCUGGAUGCGAAGGCUGACGUCUAUUGGAAGGAGAAGUUCGAGGAGGCAAAACCCCCUAAAGGUAAGACCGAGGCUGCAGCUUAGAGACAUCGGGAAUGCUCCGCCACAAUCACCCUUCACUCCAGAGCAACCUCCAGGUAGCUGCGAUGCGGUCAUGGCUGUAGCCCAGGUGGCGGUGGCCCAGUUCUGGCCUGAGUGUGUGCUGCUGGGGUUAGGAUCUGCCUUUCCUGGAGACACGUUUGCAUCAGCAGAAGUUCUCGGCUCCUGGAGCACAAAGCCAUCCCAUGUGCAGCUCCCAGCACUGACCGGCGGGUGACUGAGCAGAGCUGUGCUGUGGAGCUGCUGUGGGAACUAGAGCUUGCUGGCAAGCAGCUGGCCCACGCUCAGCACAAGAGGCUUAAAGCACUUUGCGCUUCUUCACGUUCCAGAUGGCCUUGAUUUCCCAUGAAAAAGAGGGAUGCAAUGAAAUAAAGUUGUUCAGAAAGUGG